AUGUUGCAAUUUAAACUAGUUCUAUUGGGUGACUCAUCCGUGGGUAAAUCUUCCAUUGUUCAUCGUUUUGUUAAGGAUACAUUCGACGAACUACGUGAGAGUACGAUUGGUGCUGCUUUUCUAUCUCAAUCAAUUACUAUUCAUCCAAACGAUGGUAAUGAAACAAAGGAUGUCGUUAUAAAAUUUGAAAUUUGGGAUACUGCUGGUCAAGAAAGAUACAAGUCCUUGGCACCAAUGUAUUAUAGAAAUGCUAAUGCAGCAUUGGUAGUUUAUGACAUCACCCAGGAAGAUUCACUACAAAAGGCAAGGAACUGGGUUGAUGAGUUGAAAAACAAGGUAGGCGAUGACGACUUGGUUAUUUACUUACUAGGGAACAAAGUGGAUUUAUGUCAAGAAUCACCUAGCACUGAGACAAGCCCAGAAUCAAACGAAGGCGGGGAUGAAGAACAGAAGGUAAGGGCAAUCAGCACUGAAGACGCGAAACAGUACGCACAAGAACAAGGGUUACUGUUCCGAGAAGUGAGUGCUAAAACGGGCGAAGGGGUUAAGGAGAUUUUCCAGGAUAUUGGUGAGAAAUUAUACGAUUUAAAGAAGGACGAAAUUCUAUCUAAGCAAAAUAGGCAGAUCGGCGGAGGCAAUAACGGACAAGUAGAUAUUCACUUGCAAAGGCCAUCCACAAAUGAUCCAACAUCUUGUUGCAGUUGA